AUGCCUUUGCCGAUUGCCUUUACCUGGAAGCAGUCGGCAAAGGACUUUACCCUAACAAUAUUGGGCCGACCCAUUUCGCCUCCCUCCUCUCUCCACAGAGCCGCCCCAUCUCCUACCUGCAGCGCCUCCCUCCCCUGCCCACAGCGCCGCCGCCGCCGCCCACCUCCCCUGCCCGGAGCGCCGCCGCCCUCUCCCCUGCCCGCAGCGCCGCCGCCCAGCUCCCCUGCGCCGCGCCGCGCCCCUCUCCCCCGCCCCGGCGCCCGACCGCGCCACGCCGCGGACCCCCGGCCGCGCCCUGCCCCGGCCUUCGCGCCCCACCCCGCCGCCCGACCGCGGCCCUCCGCCACCUUCGAGGCCGGGAGAGGUUCCACGUCCGCGCCCUUGUUCUCGUCGCAGCAGCGGAGUGGAAUCCAAGUCCGCGCCCUUGUUCUCGUCGGCUUCGUCUCGCUCCAGGGCCCAGCAGCGGCCGGGCUCGCUCCCCGCUGA